AUGAAGAAAUACUGCUACCAACGACUUUCCCAAUCCCUCUCACGUCACCAAUUUCGUUUAUUAGGGUUUCGAAGCUCCAUUUUGAUUGAAUCUCAACCCCCACAAUGUACCAAUUUGCAUACCAUCCGAGGAUUCUGCGCUUCUCCACAACAAUCAAAUUCAAACCCUUCAACGCCGUCCAGUCGCGUCUCGGACAUCGUUAACGAGCUAAUGAAUUUAACGUUGCUCGAAUCCGCAGACUUGACUGAGGUUAUGAGGAAGAAAAUGGGUAUAAAUGAGAUGCCGGUAAUGGCGGUGAUGAUGCCCGGCAUGGGGCUGAAGACCGGAAUGAAAGGAGGCGCCGGCGGUGCGGUGAAAGGUGGGGAAGAGAAGGCGGCGGAGAAGACAGCGUUUGAUUUGAAACUUGAAGGUGGAUUUGAUGCUGGGUCGAAGAUUAAGAUCAUUAAGGAAGUGAGAACAUUUACUGAUCUGGGUUUGAAGGAGGCUAAAGAAUUAUCAUUAUGGAAUGAGGUAACUUUGGAGAUCUUGGCAGAGUUUCUUAACCUCAUACGCAUACUUAUGUUCUUUGUAGAAGUGUUCAUUCAUAUUUCUAUGCCAAAAAAGCAACCAUUUAAGCUUUUAAGUUUUGUUUUCUCAUUUUUUUUUUAUCAACUCAAAUUUGAAAUUCCAUUACCAAAAGUGGAUCCGUAUAGACGGGAUCUUGUAUGCUCUUCAAACAAACAGUCGACGGAUUGGCGAUGGGAGAACGCCACCGCGGGAUCCGUUGCCGGUCUUGCUACCGUCACGUUUUCUCAUCCGCUCGAUGUUGUCCGGACUAGAUUCCAAGUUAAUGAUGGUCGGAACCCUAACCUUCCGACCUACAAGCACACUCCUCAUGCUCUCUUCACCAUUGGUCGAUCAGAGGGUCUCAGAGGGCUUUAUUCUGGCUUUUGCCCUGCAGUGCUAGGCUCAACUAUUUCAUGGGGUCUAUACUUCUUUUUCUAUAACAGAGCCAAACAAAGGUACCUGAAAAAUCAACAGGAAACAACCGUUCAUAUUCAUCUUGCAUCAGCUGCAGAAGCUGGAGGAUUGGUAUGUCUUUUCACGAAUCCUAUCUGGCUUGUGAAAACACGAUUACAACUUCAAACUCCUCAAAACACCCGCGCAUAUACUGGCUUAGCUGAUGCUUUGAAAACAAUACUGAAAGAUGAAGGAUGGAGGGCGUUGUACAAAGGGCUUUUACCGGGUCUUUUUCUGGUGACGCAUGGUGCUAUUCAGUUUACAGCAUAUGAGGAGCUUCGUAAGCUUUUGGUUGAUCGAAGGGAUAAACAAAUGGCCUCCAUUACUACUGCUGCUGAUUUAUUAGCAAGUUUUCGUAAGAAAUUGCGCGACUUUAGGGAUAAACAAAGAGGCUUGAGUUCUUACACUCCCGAGUCAUUGACGACAGUUGAUUACGCAGUUUUAGGAGCUUCCUCGAAACUGGCUGCCAGCCUGGCGACAUAUCCGUUUCAGGUCAUUCGUUCUCGCUUGCAGCAACGGCCCAUGGAUGGGGUUCCAAGAUACAUGGACAGCUGGCAUGCCGUGAAGGAAACUGCCCGGUUAGAAGGCGUAAGAGGUUUUUACAGAGGGAUAACAGCAAACCUUUUGAAAAACCUGCCUGCAGCUUCCAUAACUUUCAUUGUGUAUGAAAACGUUCUGCAUGUUCUAAAACUUGCAAAGACAACAAGCGAAAGGGCAAACAACUGACUGACACACAUGUAUUUCUUUUAUGGUACCACUUUUGGGAUAAAAACAACAAUUCAUUCAAUGCGCUUACUUUCUUCAUCAUUUUUUUUUUUUAGUUUUCAAGGAAUGUAUAUG